GAUCAGUGACGUGGCGUCUGGGCGCGGCGCGCGGUCUGAUCUGGCGAACAAUAAUUGAUGACGUGAAUAGAUCAGCUGCUGAGCUACGUAAAUAAGAGGAGUAAAUAGGAUCGUGAGUGGCAUCAAGAUCCAGAAAGUUUGAAGUUGAUGGAGAAAUCAGCCUUUUUAAAACAAGGAUAAUGCAUCAUGGACUUUCAAUCUGCACUGUCUUUUUCUGCAACCAUUUCUACCAUUGGUCUCUUUUUGACUGGCAUACAAAUUUGCAUGAAGAUCAGAUCACAGGGUAAUACAAAGAACAUCUCCAUUUUUCCAUUCAUCGCAGGUAUCAUAAACACAGUGCUAUGGACCAAGUAUGGUGUACUGAUAAAGGAUCAGACAGUCAUUUUUACCAAUGGAGUUGGUAUUGUUCUUCAAACGGUUUACACACUUGUCUAUUACUUAAACACAAAUGAUAAGAAGAAUGUACAUUCCAAGCUCCUAUACACAAGCCUGAUCUUGUAUCCAACAUUAGGAGCUGUGAAAUUCAUGGACAUAUCAGCAGCAACAGCCAUUCACUACAUAGGCUUAGCAUCCUCAUUCGCAACAGUACUCAUGUAUGCAGCACCUCUUAGUGUAGUGGCUCAGGUCAUCAAAACCAAAAGUACUGAGGCCCUCCCCUUUCCUCUAUCAUUUGUGGGAUUGAUAGUAUCGUUGCAGUGGUUCUUGUAUGGACGUCUUGUACAGGACUCGUUUAUUCAGAUUCCCAACUUCAUGGGUAUGCUUCUGGGCGCAUUUCAAAUGUCUCUCUUUAUUCGAUAUCCUGGCCCCUCUCGGAAAUACGACCUCUCGGGACCAUCGAGUGUCAUUUGAAGGACUUGCUUAGAUAGCAAUGAAGAGUAAACAGUAACACUCACAGAGGAAACCGGUUUUAUCGGCUUUCUCUCUGACACCAAGAAUCUUGAAGUUUCUAUUCCUUGAUUCAUCCUUGUGCAAUGACGGUAUAGGUUACAAAAGGCAGGAGGGGAUCGAAGAGACGAAACAUGUGUGCUAUUGUAUUCUCAACAAAGCUUUUAACCUGUUGCCAGCUGGAACUCGGUGCAAACUGUACAAGGGCUAUGGGAAUUACAGAAUUCAGUAUUCAGCGGGUUAAUCUUACUCCAUGAGCAUGGUCGCAUCGACUUUUGAAUUCGGCCAGAGUCAGCUUCGUUAGCCCUGUGAGUCAUCAGUUAAAGUGCUUGAACAUGGUAGUGACAUUUGAGGGGGAGGUUGGAUGAUACCUUCUCCCCCUCCCUUUGAAUUUGGAAUUUUAUACAACGUAAGAGAAAUAAUAAUCUUAGAGUGACCAAAAAUCUCAUAAAAUAACCUUGAAUGAAAUGUACUGUCGUUGCUGUUGAGACAACUUCUAAAAAAAACCUGAGUAAGAUGGUGUUCAUGAUAUACUGCGAGUAUGUUUAAUGUUAAAUGAAUAAAAAAGAAUAUGUGUCUCUCUCGGUCUCCCCUCUCUCGUUGCUGAUCAUUGGAUUUUGUAUGGCCAUGUGUUAGGGAAAGAAACAUGAAUUACAAGUUGAACAAAAUUCAACAAGAAACAUGAGAGAGGAGGGUUUAUGAGAGCUUGAAUAGAAGUCGGGAAGUUCUGUAAAGUUGUAAACACUAUCUAUUUUGAUGAUUGACAGUUUAAUUAAUAUCAUGGUGACGUAGGGUAUUGACAAAUCCCAUAUUUGCUUCAGUACACAGAGUUACGGAAAUGACAUCUUUUUUGAAGUUCUAGACAGAAUUUUAUAUUUUUUUAAGUGAACCUAUUUAUUUGUUGUCUAUGCUAUUAUAUUUGGUACACGUGAUACGGAAGUACAGAUACUGAGGAACAAUCGCAAAUACUUGAUGAUUCUGCCCAGGCCCAAAUUAGAGAGCUAUCUCUAGCAUCUAGAUUGCUAUCUACUCACUAAAUUGCCAAUUUGAUGUAGCCUUCGAUAUCUCACCUUAAAAAAAAAACAGCUUUCGUAUUCCUUGUCUCGUUUCUUUCAAAUUUACACCAUACAGUUUGUCUUACUAUUUCUACUUCACAAGUCAUUUUACAUGUACAAGCAAAGUUUAAUUUCCCUUUAACCAAAUGCCACUUUCAUGUAGCACAUUGAAAAUGUUUUUGCAUGAUGGAAAGGGAUUGAAUUCUGAAUACCAUUAUAAGUACCAUCAUAACUUUCAUUACAAUUUGCAUCAUAAGUUGCCUAGUUAGAGCGUAUAAAACAUGUGUUGUGCUUUGUAGCUUACAGGAUAUUGACUAAUUGUUUAAUUGUUAAUUUUGCUUUGAAUUUUGUGUAGGAUCUUCAAACAGAAAGUUCCAAUGGUAUUUUAUAACACAUUUCAGAAUACAUGUACCCUAAAACACAAUUAGGUAAACUGUACUCUGAAUAACAUCCCCAAUAUUCAUCUACAGCGCUUACUAUUGUGUCCUAAACAUUGAAUUUGAACAACUCCUUAUGCCAAAUUAAUAUAUGGAAUUACCUGCAUUUUUGAAAUUUUAGGGUGAUAAUAUAUAUUUAAUGUUGCUGGGCCUCUAAUGCCACAUUUUACAAUAAAUGUGUCGCUUUUAUUUCCAUAUUUUUGUAAAUUAUUGUAAUCAUGUUAUAAUUUUCUUUAAUGAACUAGUAUCUGAUAAUUUUUUAUAGAUUUAGAUCAUUUCUUGCAAUAAAUCUUUUUGUAGGCAUUAAAAGUUUGCAGCUCUAUGCAUUGAAAUAGGUGAUGGUUUAACUUAAUAUUUUUUUAAAGACAAUCAUUUAUUACAAAUGACAUAUCUCUGAAUUACCUUUGGGUUCAACUCCACUUUGGAGAAAUGCUAUAAUUUUUUAGUUUGGCAAUCCCAAGCAAAAGUGGACAUUUAAAACAAAAAAUAUGUUGGCUCUUGUCCAAAUCCAGACAAAAUCAAUUCUCAUACAUAUUCCACUAUCUAAAAAAUUCUGGGGCGAUCGAUCCUUUGCUCAUGCCGGACUGGCCCUGUGGAAUUCACUACCACAAGAGUUGAAGAACUCAAACUCUGCAACAUCUUUCAAGGGCAACCUAAAAUUGCAUUUGUUCACAAGCAGGAACUAGGUUUGAAAACAGACAUUUUUCCUCAUUUAUAAUGUACCUUUUCUUGUACUUCUCUAAGUUCACUUUACUUUUAUGUUUUGCUCUCUUCUAAGCGCCUUGAGCAUUUAAUCAAAAUGGAAAAGACGCUAUAAAAAUCCUAUGUAUUAUUAUUAUUAUAAAAAAUUGUGGAUGUUGGCAAUUUAUAUCUCAUUACAAACAGAGGAGCUGCUCGUCUGUGACGUCACAAGAUCAAAAUUUAAAAAUUCAUAACUCGGUUUAUUCUUUGAGGGAUUUUCAUCGGACCUCUCUAAUGUUUCCCUCUAAUUUUCUGCUUUUGUUAAAAUCAACUUAUCGUCAAGGUGAUCUUCCCCUUCAAGCGAUCAUAUUUACAACGUUAUGCUGCAUAUCUCCGAAUUUGUAUGUAUUUACAGUGUCUUUAAUAUUCUGAUCAACUCAACCAUAGUAAUGUUGGGGGCUACUUUAAAUGAAUGCAUGUAUAUGCUGUGAUAUUUUGCAAUCUGCCUUUAACUUUAAAUGUAUAUUUUAAUUGAUUUGUUAACAUCAUCCAGAAAAUUUAGAUUGGAAAAGAUUUGUUUUAACGGUAGUAUGAAAAGUUACUAUCAAUAUAGUAACUCUGACAUCCAAUGGUAACUUCCCUGAAAUCCUUGAUUCUGAUUGGCUGAUUAGCAUUGUUACCAUGGUAGUUACUAUUGAAUGGCAAAAUUACUAUGAUAGUAACUUUUAUGCAACGGGCCCAGGAGGGAGAAAAAUCAUUAUUGUUUGGCUAUAACUGAAAAAUGUAUCUAUUAAUGAAUUUGACAGACUAAAUUUCAAAUGCACGAUUGUGGUAUAUCAGUAAAGUAUUAUAUUUGUUUUAAGAAUACGAUGCUAUUUCUCCUUAAUAGUAUUAGAUAAUUCAUUCGGUUUUCUAAUUUGAUUCUUGUGUACAUGUAAUAUGUAUCUUUCUGACCAUUCCUUCUUAUUUUACAUCAUUAUACAUGUGUGCCAAUUUUAGUUGAUUUUUUUUAUUGAACGAAGAUUGAUUAGUUCGAAAUUAUUUUGAUUUAUUGCCAGUGGGUUUUACAUGUAGGAAUUAAUUCAGUUUGCUCACGUACCUGUACUGUGCCUUUUAAGUGCAUUUUUGAAAAUGAUCUUUUAUUGAAUUUGGAGGGGAGGUAACAGAAAUUUGUGACAAAGCUUUUAAUUGACUGUAAAUAUUGCUGUUAUUUCAUAUCUUUUCAUUCAUAAUUCUUUAAGUAUGCACAUGCUUUUCUUGUAAACAGAUCUGUGUUGAAAAUUUUUGUUUCAGAUUUGCAAUUCUGUAAAGAUGCAAUUUAAUAAAACAUUUCUUUGUAUACAUCUCAUUGAUUAUUAUCACAUUGACUAUCUUUAAUCAGAAAAGCCCAUUGCACAUUCCAAGCCGUUUGCUGCCCUUUUUGGAAAAAAAAUAAGUGUUGAUUUUUUUUUUCAUCUCAAACAAAAUAAGAUUAUGGAUUAAAGGAUUGACCAGCGACGGGGGCAAGUAAAGGAAUGGGGUCUAACGGCUGAUGAGCAUGUAAACAUAAAAAAAACCUGUUAAGGUUACAAUCAUUUCCAAAUAAAAUAUAACUCGCAAAACAUUGAAUGAAAGCCUUAAAAUCAAAUCGACCUCCAAUCCCAUAGUCAUUUGAAGUAUAGCGCCUUUUCCUUUCGGUUACAAAGAGAAGUGGUUGUCACGUCACGUUUCGUCAGCAUAACUAUUUUUGUUGUCUAUUUGUCAUUUUAACCUCAUAUUGACAAUGGAUUAACUAUUUGCAUAUAAUCACUUUCCUGAGGCUCUCGAUUAUCUUGUUGAAUAAAGCAAUGUAUUAAAACAAA